GCUGACGACCCACCCUUCUCUCUCUCUCUCUCUCUCUCUCUCUCUCUCUCUCUUACCAGUAUGAUCUUAUCCCUUAUAUUCUCAAUUUUAUAAUCUGCUGCUUUUCAUCUUCUCCCCCAUUUUGGCAAAAACUAAAACUACCCACAAUCAGUUUCGAAUCCAAAUUCAUUUUCGAGUAGAAUCAUCACUUAAGGAAGGCACCACUGAACCACUGCAACUCUUACGGCAUCCUAUACCAAAGGCGAAAAGACUAAAACAAUGGCCAUGAUUUCUUGUGGUCGUUGAUUUAAAAAAACGUUAGUGAAACAUGGAACCAACAAAUGACACGUUUCUAGUCGAAGACGGGUCUGAAAUCAGAAACCAAGCGGCAACCAGCCAAUCCAAGGACUGUGCCACCACAAAUCACAUACAUCUUGAGUCAACACGACCACUGAAAUCCAAUCUUCUUGACUUGACCCUUGGUUUUAACGCUAUGAUUCCUGAGCCGGUUGGUCUGGAAUCAGGGUCCCCGACUACGGUCUUGGGACCAGCCAUACCCCGUGUCUUUUCUUGUAAAUACUGCAGACGCAAAUUCUACAGUUCACAGGCAUUGGGAGGCCACCAAAACGCACACAAAAGAGAGAAAAUGCUGGUGAAGAGAGCCAUGAGGGUGGGACUGUUGUCUAAUAGGUACGCCAGCCUGGCAUCCUUGCCGCUUCACGGGUCCACAUUUCGGUCUUUGGGUAUCAAAGCUCAUGGCUCAUUGCAUCAACACGUUGUGGCUCGAGAAAUCCCUAAUUUUGAUGCGGUUAGAGGUGGAACGAGGUUUGAUCAGAGGUAUUGUGGGUUACCGAUGUUUGUGGAGGAUGAUGAAGCAGAAAUGUUUUGGCCUGGUAGCUUUAGGCAGAUUGAUGGCGUAUCUGCUGAUUCUAAUAGAGAUUCAUCUACGACACCUGAUCUUACUCUCAAACUUUAACCACCCUGUAAGUCUUUCCGACAGUUUCUAGUAUAUUUUUCGUGUUUAUGCUUGUGCUCAAAUCGGGUAUCCUUGUUGUACAGUGAGGUUAUGAAGAUUGGUUUUGCCUCAUUCUUCUGUAAUAUUGUCUGUAUACUAUAAGAUGCAGUGACU